AUGCCGGAAAAGCACUUCUCCGGGAAAUAUAAAGUAACCAAACUCCUAAACAAUGGGAAGUAUGCAAAAGUCUACCAUGCGCGAGAUACGCGCAGUGGUCAAGAGGUGGCGAUCAAGUCAUUCCAAUCGCCCGACAACCUUAACGUUGUCGAAAUUCAAGCAAUGAGUAGGUUAAGCCACCGACACGUCAUCAAACUCAAGGAAGUUAAAGCCACAGCUGACGGUGAAGUGUUUGUUAUUACCGAGUUUGCUAGAUGCGGCGACUUGUUCGAGAUGAUUUCUAAGCGGGGUCCAUUUAACGAAGAUCUCAGCCGUCUUUACUUUCAGCAGUUAAUCUCCUCCGUUAAAUACUGCCACUCUCAGGGCGUUUAUCACCGUGAUAUUAAACCUGAGAAUUUACUGCUUGAUGAUAAAUGGAGGGUUAAAUUGUCUGAUUUUGGACUUUCCGCGGUUAUUGAUGAUCCGACCCGGCCCGGCCCGGUUUUAACGGAUCCAUGUGGGACUGUUGAGUAUGCAGCGCCUGAGGUUAUUAUGGCGGGUAGGGGUGGUGGGUAUGACGGUGCUAAGGCGGACGUGUGGUCAUGCGGUGUCGUUUUGUAUGUGAUGAUUGCUGGGUUUUUACCCUUUGAUAAUGGUGAUUUGGUGGAAAUGGUGGGGAAGAUGAAUCGAGGGGAAUUUAGGUUGUUGAAGAAAAUGUCAACGGGUUUGAAAUGGUUGUUGUUAAGGUUGUUGGACCCGAAUCCAGAGACCCGGAUUAGUGUGGAUGAGAUUAUAGAAGAUAAAUGGUUUCGACAAGGGUAUGAAGAACCAAGUGAUGAUGAAUGA